AUGAAUAACAACUCAACAUGUAUUCAACCAUCCAGGAUCUCUUCCAUGGCUCUACCAAUCAUUUAUACCUUCCUCUGCAUCAUUGGUCUCUUUGGAAAUUCUCUCUCUCAAUGGGUAUUCUUAACAAAAAUAGGCAAGAAGACAUCGACGCACAUCUACCUAGCACAUCUUGUGACUGCGAACUUGCUUGUGUGUAGUGCCAUGCCUUUCAUGGGUAUCUAUUUCCUGAAAGGUUUUCAAUGGGAAUAUCGAUCUGCACGAUGCACGGUGGUCAAUUUUUUGGGUACUCUAUCCAUGCACGUGAGUAUGUUUGUCAGUGUCUUAAUUUUAAGUUGGAUUGCCAUAAGCCGCUAUGCCACCUUAAUGAAAAAGGAUUCAGUCCAAGAGACCACUUCGUGCUAUGAGAGAGUAUUUUAUGGCCACUUACUGAAAAAAUUUCGCCAGCCCAACUUUGCUAGAAAACUGUGUGUUUACAUAUGGGGAGUUGUACUCGGCAUAAUUAUUCCAGUUAUCAUAUACUACUCAGUUGUAGAGGCUACAAAAGGAGAAGAGAACGUGUGCUAUAAUCGGCAGACAGAACUAGGCGCCGUGAUCUCUCAGACCGCAGGUCUCAUUGGAACCACAUUUAUUGGAUUUUCAUUUUUAGUCGUACUAACAUCAUACUACUCUUUUGUCAGCCAUCUGAGAAAAAUAAGGACCUGCACUUCCAUUACGGAGAAAGAUUUGACUUACAAUUCUGUGAAAAGGCAUCUUUUGGUCAUCCAGGUUCUGCUAAUAGUUUGCUUCCUUCCAUAUAGCAUUUUUAAGCCCAUUUUUUAUGUUCUGCACCAGAGAGGGAACUGUCAGCAACUGAAUUAUUUAAUCGAAAUAAAAAACAUCCUCACCUGUCUUGCAUCAGCCAGAAGCAGCACAGACCCCAUUAUAUUUCUUUUUUUAGAUAAAACGUUCAAAAAGACACUAUAUAAUCUCUUUACAAAAUCUGAUUCACCACAUAUACAACCCUAUAGUUGACUUCUGACUAGAAAACACCAGCAAAUAGAAAAGUGUUUGUGUGGUGAUUUAGGGAUACUGGACUACAUGAUUAACAGGUCACAGCUUGAUUGAGAUAGCAGGCCCUAAGAAACCCUCUUUGGUUUUAGAAAUAACCAUAAAAUUCACUUUCCAGCUCUACUAAUACUGCAAGUUGAGAUGUCAGAGACUUUCAGAGGCAAAAGUCAAGCAUAUUAAAAGGAUCUCACUGCAGAUGAAAGCAAGAGACCAUUUUCUCUUUCAACUCAACUGUGUAUGCUUUUAUUCAGAACAAAACAUUUCAUGACUGUAGGAUAAAGCAGCAAAUGGUUUAUGACUUUUCUCCUUUCUAGUAGUGGCAAUAUAAGGGCCCAUCUGGGCCUAGGGUUUUGUUGGUAACUUUAAAAAUGAGUAAAAGAAAAAAAGUCAGUCAGAAAUUUCCUCACCAAAGUCCUAUCUAGAUGUAUGAAUAGUAGAGUGUAAAAAGCCAAGGCUUUAUAAAUGCCCUAUUUUGUAUUGUCUGCUCAUGUUACUGUGAGACCAAUAAUCAUCGAUUCCAGUAUUUAUUACGCCAGUGUUUUUAUAUAUUUGGGUUAGGCUUGGUCGAAAUAAAAGGCUAAUACAAUGUCAUUAUAUGCCAAUUUUCAUCACAUCUUGUAAAUUUUCCUCUGUAUUCAAUAUAAAUAAUGUGAUUAAUGACAAAUAGUACCUGGCAAGUAGAUAUGCUCAAUCAAUUUUUGUGAAAAUAAAUGAAUAAGUGAUAAGGGCAGUAUAACAGUAUUGUUGUUGAGAGACUGGUCUCUGGAGUUAGAGUCCCUGGGUUUGAUCCUAGCUGAACCUCUUCUCUUACUUAGCCAGACAAUCCUCAGCAACUUACUUACCCUCUUAAAGUGUUAAGUUCUUCAUUUGUAGAAUGGAGAAAUACUACGUAAUUCAUAGGUACUAUUAUUAAAUCAGUUGAUGUUACUAUUACGAGUAGCUGUCAUUUACUAAGCAUUUGCUAUGGGCCAGGCACUCUGCCUCUAUGCUUUGCAUGUAUUUUAGUCAUCACCACCAUAAAGGAUGCCAAUUUGCUGAUGAAAAAACUGAAAUACAUAGAUAAGCCACCCCAAUUUUCUCCAAU